AUGGCCCUGAAGCCGUUCUCGUACCCGCUGCCGGAGACGCGGUUCUUCCACGCCGGGCGCCUCGUGUAUAAGUUCAGGAUGCGCUACGGCAACCUGGGCGGAAAACACAGAAAACUCAAAGGAAACAGUUCCUGCAGAAUGACAGACCUGUCCCCAAAGUUUAAAACACUCACCCAUGUGCUAUUUGUUUUAUCUAGCGCUGAUGAUCCAGGCAAUGCCCCAAACGCUGCCAAGGAGUUAGAGGAAGCAAUUCGAGUGAUCCUCGGAAAUCUCAAUGAUUUGCAUCCAUUUUCUACGGACCACUUCACUAUCUUUCCCUAUUUGAGCAAGUGGGAGCGAGUGGCCAAGGUGAGGUUCCAACACGGGGCCGUGCAGCUCACGCCUUACCCCUACAUCUGCACCGUGUAUCUCGAAGCCAACUCAUUUCAGCAGAGCAUGUGCCUCGGUAAAGAAGCACAAAAAGGAAGUUCCAAGCUUGUCAAGGAAAGAAAUGAAAGGACAAGAACUGCUGAAAUGGUAGGAACAGUGAAGAGGAGAAGAGUGGAAGAUGAAGCAGAGGCAGAUAUGGACAGAACGGGAGCUGGGUGUGUUCACAGCAUGGGCGAAGCAAAGCUGGGAUCUGAAACGAGUUACUCCGAAGAAACUGAGAGGGGGCCUGUGGAAUGCGACACGGAAAAAAMCGCAGGACGCAGUUCGGCUGAAGGUGAAACGCAGCCAGCCCAGCCAAGGGAGCGAGCCGGGAGCGGGGCAGGCCCGGAGCCGAAAGGCAGAAGUUUCUCCAGGUUCUGCAGAAGCAUAUUCUUCUCUCCAUUGCAGCAUCUUUUUGGUGGAAAUAAGUGAGCCCGAAGUACUCACUGUGGUGGAGAGGGAUCCGCGCAGUGUGGACRGCAGGCGCUCUCCCUUUGUUGUCUCCGUUGUUCUUGGAUAAUUCAGCUUCUCGCAUUGUUUGUCUCAGCUAUUAAAUGCAAUGUUACUUUGUUUKCAUUUUCAAAUGAACACACUGAAGAUGGGUUAGAAAUAGCAGGAUUUUUGAAAAAAAAARGUAGAAAGUGUUCCGUUUUUGUUC